UUUCAGAGGGUCUUCUGCAGAAGAAAAGAUAUGGUUUCUGUUUGAGUUCCAUCUUGUCCAGGACUGGUUUCUUCUCUGCUGUCAGUAUGGCAACAUCACUUAGAACUGUGUGGUCCAGCUUCUUUUGGAUGCGUUCAGUAGUGACCUGUAAGCAGGCCCCACUGCAGAAUGGAGCUGUGUAUCUUGCUUGCCAGAAAUCUACGUACUCAGUUCUCCCUGAAGACUACAAUUGCAAAGUGGAACUUGCAGUGACAUCAGAUUUGAAGACAAUUGUCUGCUACCACCCUUCGCUUGAGAUUCCGUACGAGCACACAAAACCCAUACCACGGCCAGAUCCAGUGAAUAAUAAAGAAGAAACCCUUGAUCAAGUUCUGAAAUCCAGAUUGAAUGAAAAAGAGCUAAAGAACAAUAGCGGGCCUACAAUUGAAGAGCUCAGCAAAAUGUUUUACACAACUAAACAUCGCUGGUAUCCUGUGGGACAGUAUCAUAGAAGACGCAAGAAUCCUAAUCCUCCUAAAGACCGAUAAUUAAGAUAACUUCUUGUUCAUCCAGCACUUUGCUGUUAAUCUUUAUUGGAAAUAAAAAUUACACAAAGCAAGAUGUUUGG